AUGUCAAAACAUCAUCCGGAUCUUAUCCUCUGUCGCAAGCUUCCAGGAAUCGCCGUCGGCAGGCUCUGCGAGAAGGACGACGGCAAAUGUCCCAUCUGCGACUCCUACGUCCGCCCAGCAACCUUGGUGCGCAUCUGUGAAGAGUGCAAUUUCGGCUCUUCCGGGGGCAAAUGCAUCAUCUGCGGAGGCCAAGGUGUAUCGGAUGCAUACUACUGCGCUGAAUGUACAAGGCUCGAAAAGGAUCGCGACGGCUGUCCCAAAGUUGUCAACCUCGGUGCUAGUCGAACCGAUCUCGCCUAUCUACGCAAAGCCAGGAAUCAACAGCAACAAUUUCAACGAGGAUAA